GGAGAGAAUCUGAAGACGAGGCGUUUCCAGUCGCUGUCUGGUUUACUGAACCUUCCUGACGAUCUUCUGCUGUCCGCUCCCGUUGUUUGGAGCACGAUCGAUAAACGCCACGCAAACGUUCAGUUUCUCGAGGCGAUACAUGAUGGAAAUAGAUGGAAUUCCUGAAACGAAGAUAAAGAGAUAACGAACGAGAGGAACAUGACGACAAAUGGACAUCUUAAUUCUCCGGAAUCACGAAACGGAUGUUUCCCUUUUCACUGUGGGUUAUCUUCAAGCAGACGCGCGCUCGCGUGAUGUCCCAUGUAACUACGAGAUUUUUUUUUCAUCUUCAAAGUGCAUCCUGAGGAACAAAGGACACGAAAAGUUUGAUGUAGGCUUUGUUGUGAAUAGUACAGCAUACGCAGACUUUUAAGUAAUCAAAUGAGUCUGUCAGUUGGUUACAUUUGAUGCUUUCCGAAAUGUGAUGCUGGAUUUCUUCCUGACUGCACCCUAGUCGCAAAUAACUGAGAAUAAACCACAAAAUAUUGCCUUUGAAGAGGAGAUAGCAAGUUAACAUGGCAGUUAAAGGCCGAAUGAGAAUUCUCGACAUUGGACUGUUUGCCAUAAUGGUUUUUCUCGGUCCUGUGACAGCUGCCCAGAGCGAGCAGAGGGAGUGCGCUUACAUGAAAGAUGGUGGAGAGGGGCGUGUCUUUCCUGAGAACUCUACGAUUCGCUGCAUUCAUGGAGAAUACUGCUUUGGAUUCUGGAAAGAAAUAGAUAAUGAGAUUCGAAUAGAAAAACAGGGUUGCUGGAAAAACGGUAAUAGCCAGGAGUGCACCGACCGCUGCGUGGUGACCAAUUCUCCAUUACAUUUCCAAAAUGGAAGCACUCGCUUCUGCUGUUGCAACAAGGACAUGUGCAACACCAACUUCACUGAAGCCUUUCCACCACCUUCCUCCACCGCCACCAAACAACCACUCUAUUCUCGUCGGCUUUAUGGAGAAGAAGCCGUAGUUGUCCCCUUAGCAAUCGUCUUCACGAUCGCCAUCCUUAUUGUUCUGCUUUUCUUCUCCUACCGGAUCUUAAGAAGGCGUGCUAAACACACGCUGCACACUUUGGAUGUGCUGGAGUCUGUGGUUUCCCCCCCUUCUCUUAAUCUGGACAACCUCAAAAUGCUGGAGCUGAUUGGCCGAGGCCGAUACGGUGCAGUGUAUCGCGGAUCGCUGGACGAACGAUCUGUCGCAGUGAAAGUUUUCAUCGCAGCUAACCGCCAUCAGUUCACCAACGAGCGGAUGAUUUAUCGCCUCCUAAAGCACGAGAACAUCGCACACUUCAUAGAGAGCGAAGAACGCAUCGGCACAGAAGGCAGGACAGAGUUUCUCCUCCUGCUCGAGUUUUACCCUCACGGCUCUCUGUGCACGUAUCUGAAUGGGAGUACCGUGGACUGGCUGAGCUGCUGUCGUUUGGCGCUUUCCGUCACCCGAGGCCUUGCGUACCUGCACACAGAGAUAAGAAGAGAAGGCGUGUAUAAACCUGCUAUAUCCCACCGGGAUCUAAACAGCAGGAAUGUGCUAGUAAAGGCAGAUGCUUCAUGUGUGAUCAGCGAUUUUGGACUUUCCAUGAUUCUGACGGGAGAGAGACCACCCGGGCAUGGAGAAGAGGACAGCAGAUCCAUCAGUGAGGUGGGUACAGUGCGGUACAUGGCCCCUGAGGUGCUGGAGGGGGCUGUGAAUCUGCGAGAUUGCGAGUCUGCGCUGAAACAGGUGGACGUUUAUGCGCUGGGUCUGCUGUACUGGGAGACUUUCAUGCGUUGCGCCGACCUCUUCCCAGGCGAGACCGUGCCGGCGUUUCAGUUUGCAUUUCAGGCAGAAGUGGGCAAUCACCCGACCUUAGAGGACAUGCAGGUAUUUGUGUCCAGAGGAAAAGAACGGCCCAAAUUCCCAGAAGCCUGGAAAGAGACUAGCAUGACGGUCCAUUCUCUGAAAGAGACAAUGGAGGACUGCUGGGAUCAGGACGCUGAAGCCCGACUUACGGCUCAGUGCGCAGAGCAGAGACUCGCUGAAUUGCUAUCUGUCUGGGAACGAGAGAAAUCAGUCAGCCCUGCUUUGCACCCCAUCACUGCACUACAUAACCAAAGAAACGACUCUACUGGACGUCAGACACCGAGGUCGGGUCCUGACGUUGAAUAUUCAUCUGCAACCACUGAAGACCUUGACACCUCUGUUGACCCACCCCCAGUGGGACGGUCUAAUCCUGCAGAGAAAAACUGCAUCAACUAUGAGUGGCAGCAGGCCCAUUCUUUGCAAUCCGGCACAGAGAGCUCCUCCCCAGCCUCUGUUUCCGAGUCCUACACUGCUAAUCAGCCUCCACCAGGGGGCAAUAUCCGCCUUCUCUGUGUUCACCUGACCCAGGAAGACCUGGAGACACCAAAGCUGGACCCAAGCGAAGUCCAGAAGAACAUGCGGGAAAGCUCUGAUGAGAGCUUGAUGGAACAUUCACAGAAACAGUUCUGCUCUCCGGAAACGGUGACCAUGCGCAGCCCGUUCUACCCCCUGAUGACCACGGCUGCCGAACCUUCAGGAUCACAGGGUUCGGUUCGCAAUGCUGAUAGCCCUGUAACUAUUUUACCCAAGCAACAAAACGUCCCUAAGAGACCAAGCACCCUGAGGCUCAAUGCUAAGCAUUCUGGGAAGACAUCCACCUCCUCUUCUUCUUCGCUGCGGAUGAAGUUUGGAAAACUCGGCAAGUCCAAUCUGAAAAAGGUUGAGAUGGCCGUGGCCAAAGCUAGUGCGGUAAACUCGGUCCAUGCGGCCCAGCCAAUUCCCGUCGCCAGCAAUGAUGCAACGGCGAACAAAUACGUGAACGGAGCGGCACCUGAGUCUGUGGGGGCGGCCAACAGCACAGAAGACUUGACCUUCGGUCUCUUGACCACUAGCCCUGAUGAGCAGGAGCCUCUUCUUAGAAGAGAGUCGUGUCCUGACAACGCAAAUAACAAUAACAGCAAUAACAACAAUGGAGAGGGGGAUGGAGAUGCUGAGGGCGGAGAGGAAGGAGGAGAGGAUAAUGAGAAUAGUGGUUCGACAGGAGAAGCUCAGUCUGCUUCUAACAUGGAGCCGGUUGCACCGCCUGAUUCCUGUCCGGCACCACCCAUCGCUCCCGCACAGGCCCAGUACCAAGCCCAGACACAAGGAGAGGCUCUGCUUAGACAGAACCGGGGGCGUAGACCCGAAAGGCCCAACUCGCUGGAUCUGUCCAUUACCACGCUGCCUUUAUUAGGAGGCAAAUCGGAUGGGGACGCGACCGAGGGAUCGGGAGAUAAAAUAAAGAGGCGAGUGAAGACGCCUUAUGCUCUAAAGAAGUGGCGUCCUGCCAGCUGGGUUAUCACCAGCGAAACGCUGGACGGCGAAGUCAACAACAACAGUCGCCACGGAGGUCAGAAUCAGGCCGGUACCAGCAGACCUAAAUCAGCCUCGGCUCUAUAUGCAGGCGGUCGGCGAGGAUCUCAGUUUUCCACAGAUCGCAAUGAUUGUGACUUUUAAACUUUGCAAUGAAGCAGGCUACAAAUCCUGUCGAGUCAAAUUCUACCAUUUUCAAAGGCAAAGGAUUGUCUUAAAUUUGUCCUCAAUAAUAAGCACAGUAAAAGUCUUAGUGGCUUUACAGUGAAAAGAGCUAUGCAGCCAUCGUUUAACGGUCAUGUGCAUUUUUAUUGUUUUGUGUUGGCAUUUUUUUCUUCUAGAAAAUGAUAAAUCAGAUCUUAGAUCAGUCUCUAGACCAUUUAUGAGAAUGGUCACUAAUAUUAAAUGAGUGCAAAUGCCUACCUAAUCAUCGCAUUCCCAGUAAACCUGGAAAAUCAGGGAAUUAUACCGUAGUUGUGAUUUCCAGGCCUAGAAAAUAUUGAACAUUGAAAGGAAAUAUAAUUUUAAAGUCCUGGAAAUUCCCUAGUGAUGUCAAGCUCUAAAUUAUUAUUGGUUACUGUAAACUAUUCCCUCUUAAGUACAAUCUCAAUAUAUUUUGCAUAUAACAGAAAUGACUGGAAACUUAACCGACCUCAAUUUCGAAAUGCAAUGAGAAGCUACGGUAGCUGGCACAGAAAAAACCAUAGACUUGAAAAAAUAUGGACGUAGUGUCCGUGACGUCACCCAUAGGUUUGUGCAUUUUUGAAGCAAAUAGCUGGCGGAGCCUGCCGUUGCCAUCUUGGCUGCGCGUCACUCGCGGAUAACCGAAAAUGGGUAAAGAAGCGGGACGUGGGUGAAGUUGAGAUAGCUGAUUGCUGAAACCACGCCCACCUAGUUCGAAGGUAGUGACGGCAGUGGCAGUUCACCUGUCACUCAAAUGGCCACGCCCUUUGGGGUUGUGCACACCAAAACUUUUAAACGCAGCUGAAUACGCCUGGAGGAUGCUGAAUGCCAGCUGUUUUUCAGCUGAGUGCCAGCUUUCUUCAGCUGAGCGCUUUGGUAGCUCUGAUACUUCAGCUGUGAGCCGGUUGGCUGUUGUGAUACUUGUCCCGCCCCUCCUCCACUGUGAUUGAACGGCCGUGUGAGAACUGACUUAAUAUUUUUCAACUUUCGGCGUUUUUUCGCUGGCUUAUUUAAAAAAGCUGAGCUUCUAUUGUAAACAAUUGAAAACAUGCGCCGGCCGCAGACGUAAAAGCUUUGGUGUGCACGCCCCCUUAUUAUGCAGAACUUUAAAGAUUAAUAUAAUUCACAAAUUCUUGUCGUUGUCCUGAAGGGCAAAAAAGCUAUUUAGACAAAAAUCUGUUUUUGUACCAGGCUGUAAACAUAUUAUUUUCUGCUGUGAAUUUGGGCAUUUUAACAUGGAUGUCUAUGGGAAUUGACUCCUUUUUGGUGCCAGCCUCUAGUGGCACGUCGAUGAAUUGCAGUUUAAGUCAUUUCCCUAUUGGCUUCAUCAGAGAGAUUGGAAAAUUGCCCCUCUGGAAAAACAUGUUGUCGUCUUAUGCUACAUACAAACAAAAUGUGUGGCAUCGCGUUACUCGCUCUAGAUUACUCGCGGGAUUUCACUUCGUGUCAUGCAAAUUUUUGUGCGAGUUGAAUAGUUUCAAUUUGGGUGAAGACGCGUUUGAGGCAAACUUGCCGCCCAUAUCGCGUCAUUCGCAUCGCCCCAUGCGAGGAUGCAUCUCACCGCAUCUUUACAUUGACUUUGUAUGUAAUCUACUCACGCAAAUUGUUGAACUCGCAUCUGGUGUGAACCCACGCGCUCCAAAGUUUGUCCGUUUAGGGUUACUGUAGAAACACGAAGGUGACUUCCAUGUAAGGGGAACGGCUCAUUCUACGGUAAUAAAACAAUACAGUUCAUUUUGUAAGGUCUUUUAUACACCACUGAUAAUAUAGUUAUGGAUAUUAUAUUGCAUUUCUGUCAAGAGAUCCUUCUGAAAGUCCCACAUUGCACCUUUAAGUACAGUUUAAUCUAAGUACAAAGCUUUAUUCUUUUGCCAAUGCAAAAAAAUCCCUGCCGAAUAUGUUUUCACCUUUUACUAAUAUCUUCCCACGAACAUCUGAAGUUUCUGUGUGUUUCUGUGGACACAGUAUUAAGUCAUUGUACUUGUAAAUGCUAUUGCGUGUGCAAACCCAGCAAUUCAACGUACAGUAUUUCACUGUGGAGGGGAACUGUGCUAGCACUAAAUAUCAGCAUCAGCACUCAAACCUGCUACAAGCAAAUAUUUCAAAAUGUAUAUAGAGACUGCACAGCAACAUCCGAUAUGAACAAACACAGGGAUCACACUUUAUCACUUUCUGGACAACUUACAAGUUUUACUCAGAGACAAAAGACAACACUGCACUUGGUCUGGAAUGGAAACUGUUCUGGAUCACACUAUUAAAGGGAUAGUUCGCCCAAAAAUUAAAAUUCGGUCAUCAUUCUCGUGUUGUUACAAACCUAUAUGAAUUUCUUUAUACACAAGAGAAGAUAUUUUGAGGAAUGUCUGCAACCAAACCAUUCAUGAGCCCUAUUCACUUCAAUAGUAUUCUUUAUUCCUACUAUGGAAAUGAAUGGGGCUCAUGAUUGGUUUGGUUAAAAAAAUUCCUUUGUGUUCAUCAAAAAAAAGUGAUGAAAGUGAAUGAAAAUGAUGACAGAAUUUUCAUUUUUGGGUGAACGAUCUCUUUAAGAUGUCUAAUGAUAUGCUUUGGACCUGCUUGUUAUUCACUUAUUUUUUUAUGUGUGAAUGAUGGCGCAUGAGUGCACCAGAUCAAUUAUCGCUGCUUGCGUUUCCUUGUCCUCUUAUCUUGUCUGUACACGUGUGAAAGGUUUUUGUGCUGCAUGUUUGUAUGUAUUUCUGUGGGAUGUGCAUCAAGUGCAUCUUGUUUCAGUCAUUUGAUGAAAAAUGAGCUUUGAUGCUCCUAAUUUCAUAAUGACAUUAUGAGACAUCAGUCUGGAUUUCACAGACAGGGCCACAUAUAACAGCUGUGGUCUGAAAUGGAAAAUUCUUGUUUUAUUGAUCUGCUCUGGCAUGUCAGUCAUAAUUUAAAGGGCACUGUUAUUAUAAUCAUGUAUACUGUGUCCCAUAUUAUCCUCUUGCUGCUGCAUGUCUUAAAUUCGUCUUUUAGAGCACAAGGCAUUUUCACCUGAGACCGUGUGUGUGUGUGUGUGUGUGUAUGUGUGCGUUUGUAUGUAUGUAUGUGUUUGUUUGUGUAUGUGUGUGUGGUUCUCCUGUUAACACAAUCGUUGUAAUCGUGUUGUGGUCAAUCAUUUUAUUACUCCUUGCUGAGACAUUUUGAAAAUUGUGAUUUGUAAAACAGGGUGCAGAUUGUAAAAGUGUAUUGUUAUUUGCAAAUUCUAAUUAAAUUAUGCUUUGCAUUUG